CAGACUCGAGAGGCGGGUUGUUGCACGCGUACACCGAGUAUCUUUUCAUUCCCUUCACAGGUCGGAUAAAGCGAGAGUGAGUAUAUUCAAUGCCAGGUAGAAGUGCUUGACCAAAGGGUGCCUAUUUAUCACAGUUUUCAUAGUCACACAUCAAGUACUGGCAGAUGGCGGCGGGAGGCAAUGAGAUGCACUCGUCGUUUCUUCGUCUCGCGUUAGACGAAGCACGUAAAUGUGUCCCGACUCCAACAGCAUUCUGUGUCGGAGCAGUGAUUACUAUUCGAUACACAGAGCACUUCAAACCUGUUGUGCUUGCGACAGGAUACUCUCGAGAGCUUGCUGGGAACACCCAUGCUGAAGCCAAUGCUCUUGCCAAGGCUCGGCAGCUAACGGCAGCUGAGUUGCGAGAAAUUAUACCCUCCAUCUCUCCAGACGUAACCAUCGACGACCUUCUCUCCAAAGCGGACAUUUACAGUACCAUGGAACCCUGCUCUAUUCGGACAUCUAGCCUUGCACCCUGUGCAGACGCAAUCGUGGCAGCUCGCCUCCGCAGAUGUCUCAUUGGUGUACGCGAACCUGACGACUUCGUGAAGUGUGAAGGGGCGCAGAGGCUCAAAAAUGCAGGCGUAGAGGUUGUUUGGGUGAAGGGGCUUGAGCAAGAAUGUUUGGAGGUGGCGAGAGCAGGUCGCUGAGAGCUGGGGUUUGAAUCGCUCAAAGUUCCGAAAGCUACAUGAGACUGUGUAACGUACAGCGAACAAUUUAGGACGCAGUAGUGCAAGAGCCUGAGCGCAGAGAGCGCACUACACAGGA